AUGUCUAAGAACAAAUGUCAGGAAAUUACACCCGUUACGUGCCAAAGUGAAAAUGGAUCGGAAUCCAAUCUCAAAUCGUCGAAAAAAGAUGAUGUGGAAGUCAUGAAAAUGAGAUCACCAAUGCAUUUGCCUUUAACACCCCUAGGUACACCCGAAAAAUCAGUGCCACGCAGUGCUGAGACUUUUCACAAAACAACCUUGUCGGGAAGAACUGUAGAUAUCAUGAUACUACCAAGGACAGCAAAUGAUGACAACGAAAAGAAGGACGAUUCCGAGAUGAUUGAGUCCGAGCUGCCGAAGUGCACUUCACAAGGUCAAAAACAGGAAAUGAGUGAAGCCAUUCUGAAUCCAAGAGAUGAGCCAACGAAUUAUGAAGGAAGAAAAUCCUAG